GGGAGCGGGGGAGGCUGGUUGUUUUAAGCGGGUUAAGCACCCAGAACAGAAGGCCUGUCUGCUGAGCACCGUCAGUGCCCGGGUUCCUGGUUCCUGGUUGCUUUGACAAGAUUGACCUACAAUAUGGAGACUUUGGAGAACCUCGUCCAGAAAAUGGAGUCCCAGAUGGACCGAGCGGACAGCAAGUUGGACCUCCUGACGAUGAGGCUGGACCAGUUUGAGUCGAGAGUGCUUCUACCAGAUCAGACAGAGGGAAACCCAUCAAUAGAAGAAAAACGUGUGGCCAUCAAGGAGAAUAAGGUCGAGGGAGAAGACUCAGAGAAACCAGGGGACUAUGAUGAGGAUGAUGACGACGACGGCCUGGAUCCUAAACUUGUGACGGAGCUGUUAGUAGAAGUGAAACGUGUUAGAAAAGAAUAUGAUCAAUUACUCCAGGAUGUGCACCAAGUUCAAGAGUUGCAGCACGAGGUGACCAAAUCCUUGCGCAAGCAAAUGAAGCAGGUACAGAAUCAUUUUGAUCGUCUUCGUGAAAGAGUUAUUGGAUCUAGUGGUCCUAACAAGUAGAUGCACUUAGGAACAUGUGGUAGUAUCAAGAUUCUCUUGUUUCUUUUCCCUGGUUAUACAUGUUUGGUAAUGUCAAGUAUUUGUUUACACCUAAUGUUUUAGAGUACUUGGAAUGAAUGAAUGAAUGUCAGUCCCCUAUUAGUCCAUAGUGGACAGAUUUGCUUGAAAAAAUUUACAUG